AUGCUUCGAUUAUUUCUCUUCAUCUUUAUAACUCUCAUUCAGCUAUCCAACAAUUUUUUAAUGGGAAUCGAGGAAGAACCCUUCACCCUCUCCCCACAACUCAAUGUAUUUCCCCAAGCUUCUGGUUCCUAUUCGACUCUCUUCUUCGAUUCAUCCUCAAUGAAACUUUAUUCAUUCGGAGGUUUUGAUGGAAACAAUCCUCUUGACAAUAUUCAAUCAUCAAACGUUUCAAUUUCGAGCAAAAUUACAAGCCAGCUGAUCAAUGGAGGUUAUUCAAAUUACUCCCAAAUUACGCUUGACACUGUGGGGCCAUUCUCAGUGAUUGGAAAGUUACCUCAAAAGGCCUAUGGCUAUGCAUUUCAAGUUUUGAACUUGAAUGGAAUUGAUUAUGCUUAUAUAUUUGGAGGUGGAACAUCAAAGAUAAUGCGAGCAAAACUGUCUGAUUUGCAGUCGUUUUCAGUAUUGGAUGAGGAGCUUCCCUAUUCUUGCACAAUGCCAGUUUUCUUUAGAACAGAGAAGAACCUCUUUCUAAUAGGAGGUUCAUUCAAUUCAGAAUAUUCUAAAGCUGUGUAUAUGGCCAACUUGAGCUCCCCAACAAUUUGGCAAAGAGUUGGGACAUUUCCAAAUGCCAUAUUUGCAGCUAGUGUCUUUAGCGUAGGAAGAAUGAUUUACAUUGUUGGAGGAGGAAGUGAUUUACUAAACUAUUACAAGACAAUCUAUUACACUUCAUUUGAUCAAUUGGAUUCUCUCACGACAAGUAAUGCAUCAUCAAAUUCUGUUUGGAAACUUUCACCCAUUUCACUACCCAAUUCAGUUUUUGGAAGUGCUUCUUUCAUUUCUGCGAAUUAUGCCUACAUCUUUUCUGGAUCUUUAGGAAGGAGUAUGCUUAGAGCUAACCUUAAUAACAUGUCAAUUUGGGAGAAUGUUACUUCAUUCAACUCACCUUACUCUGCGUAUGGAAUAUCAGUGCUUAAUAUGGGAAAUUCCUUAUUGUUUGCUGGUGGUGGACCAACACUCAGUUCCACCAUACCAUAUGGUUAUCUAAUGACCAUCAGUGGUUUUAUGAAUUGUUAUGGGGUGCCGAGUAAUGAUUCAAAUGUUUGUUAUGGGAAUGGAAAAUGUACUGGACUGAAUCAAUGCUCAUGUAAAAAUGGUUUCUAUGGAGAUGCCUGUCAAUACGAAAGUCAAUGUUAUGGAAUUAAGGCAAGCUCACUAAUAGUUUGCUCUGGAAAUGGAGAUUGUCAAGUUGGAGGAAACUGCUCUUGUUUUGAGGGUUUCUCUGGAGUGACUUGUAAUGAUUAUGAAUGUGGAGGAGUUUCUGUAUUGUUGUUGGAUACAGGUAAAUCUCUCAUAUGCUCAGGAAGGGGAAGUUGCAUUUCACCUGGAAAUUGUUCUUGUCAAUUGGGCUAUUAUGGAACGACUUGUGAAAAUUUUGAUUGUUAUGAAAUUCCUUACAAUAAUGAAAAAGUUUGUUCAGGAUUUGGAUCUUGUGUAGCGCCUAACAAUUGUCUAUGUGCUGAAGAGAGUGGAAGAGUUGGGACUCAAUGUGAUCUCUUUCAAUGUUAUGGAAAAUUCUCAAACGAUAGUUUAGUUUGUUCUGGUUUCGGACAAUGCACAGGUCCAGAUCAUUGUGAAUGCCUCACUGGAUAUUCAGGAGAGCAGUGUAACUCUUACAAAUGCCAACCCAACUCUAUCAUUCCUCAAUGUAUGAAGAGAGGAACCUGCACCAAAGAAUUGAAAUGUUCCUGUCAGGAUGGAUAUUACGGAGACAGUUGUGAAUUAUAUUCUUGUUGGGGAAUUGCAAAUACAGAUUCGAAUGCUUGUUCAGGAAAUGGAGUUUGUUCCAAUAUCGAUACUUGUGAAUGUAAAAAGACUGAGAAUGGAACCUUUUAUGGAAGUUUAUGUGAUUCAUAUGUUGAUAGUUCAAGAGUUGCAGCUAAUUUAGAAAUAGCAUUGAAUGGAUCGAAUGUCAAUGGGAGUGAAGGGUUGAUUUCAUUCAAGAUUGGGAGCAGUAUUCAAUCAGGUUUAGUUUCGUAUAGAGUUUGGUGUUCUAAUUGUACCGAUUACAUGUACAAUUCUUAUGAAAAUGCAUGGAUUGUGGAGAGUCAAGAGUUUAGUUUGGAUGUUUCUUCUCUAAAAAGAGAAUAUUAUUAUGAAUUUUUGAUUCGGGGAGUGCUUAGUGAGAGAUAUUCACAAGAUAUUCUUUUGAAUACUCUUUCUACUGUAUUGUUCAUACCAAAGAAACUAAUUCAGCCUCAAGAUGUGCUAAUUACAAAUGUGCAAACUUACAAGUUGUCUUCCACUAUGGCAUUUACCAAGAAUUUAGAUAUUUCCAUUCUAAUUAACAGAGUUUCGUUUAAUUAUCCUGAAGGAGUUGACUUUCUAUUGAACGAUUGUGUUGGAUUCUCAUUAGAUAACACUACUUGUCAAUUGAACUACCAAUCAACUAUAACUGUAUUCAAUUCAUCAGAUUUCAAAACCCCAAUUCGAAUACUUGAAAAUAGUGGACCAAUACUAGCUCAGAGAUAUAGAGACGAUUCCACUAUUCAACUCAACCCAAUAUUACAAAUGAAUAUUUCAAAUCCAUUCCCAAAUAUGAAUUUGGAUGCAUUUGAUGACGGAUCAGAGUUUGUAUUUCAAAUUAGUGUUACAAUUCUCUCAAUAAGAUAUUCAUUUCAAUCCUUUGAAAAAUCGAGAAUUUCAAUUAUCAUUACAAAACCUGCAAUUUAUCCAGAAGAUUAUUUUAAUAGAAUUGAAUUGAGUCCAAAAGAGGGAAUGGCUGUGGUGGAUUCAUUCUUUGUUUCUUCACCUGAAUGGAUUGUGAAUAAUUUAAACCUUCGACCACUUUCGUAUGCUUUCGGAUUUUACAACAAAUAUCAAGACAAGUCCACCAAUGGCAUUCCAUCAACAUCUUCCUUAAUUAGAGUAACAGAAUAUUCAACAGAACCAGUUUCAAAGCUUCCUCUUCCCUAUCUAUUCAAAUCACUUUCUAGAAAUUCAUGGUCAACCUCACCCAUUGAUAUUGUAAUCUUUGUAAAAGAUUCAGAAGGAUUCGAACAAUCCUUGAGAGUGGCCACAGCUCAGGUCAAUCCUCUUUCAAAAGAAUUGGAAUACCUAAGCGAUUAUUCGAAACACGUCCUUCUUUUUGAUCAGUCAGCUCUAUCGAAUACGAAUAACACCAAUCUAAUAUUGAAUUUAAUUAAUAAUCUCAAUAUUGAUAUUACAAAUGCUGAUUCUUCAUUGAAAGUUUUGAAUUCAAUUUCAUCCGAAUCUUCAAUAAUGAAGGAUAAGAAGGUUUUGAAUCAGCUUUCGAAUAGUGUGAAUAGUUUUUUGUAUAAUACUUUGGAUUUAUAUCAGAAAGAAAUAGAUUCGUACGGAUAUGUGAAAUCUAGUUUGACACAAGAUGCGAAAUUGACAGCAAGUAGUUUGUUGGCAAAUAUUUUUGGUUCAUCUUCUAGCUCAAUAACUAUUUCUCAAAAAGGAAUGAUGUUAGUUGAUGAUGAAAUGCGGAAAACUGAAAAUUUAAUCUUGUCAUUUACGAAAUUAAUGUUGAAAUCAGAAAUUCCUAAAGUUUUGAGCACUGACAGUGAUGUCACUAAUCUUCCCUAUACUAAAUUUUCAACCUCUGGACUGAAUACUACCUUUUCUUCCUUUGUGUUAACUAGGGGCGCAAGAAGCUUGCAAAAUUUAGCUCAAAACUCUACUAAAUUUCUAUUAGAAACUAAUGGAGGAAACAUUCAAUUGGAUUUGAGAGAAAUUGCUGGAAAAUAUGGUGGAUUUGGAACUAAUCUUGGACUAUCACUAAUAACAUAUGAAAGAAACAUCAGAAAUGAUAAUUUUUCAAUGCAAAAUCAAAUGUCAUCUUUCAUUCAAGAAUUGAAAUAUUUUCAAAAUGCUGAAGUUGUAAAGUUGAUUUAA